AUGGCAACGGAAAACAGCAACAUCACCUGGCACCCGUCGCUGUCGCGCGCCGAGCGCGAGGGGUUCCGCAAGCAGAAGGGCUUCACGCUGUGGUUCACGGGCCUGUCGGCAUCGGGCAAGUCGACGGUGGCCACGGCGCUCGAGCAGCACCUGCUGCACCUGGGGCUGGCCGCCUACCGCCUCGACGGCGACAACGUCCGCUUCGGGCUCAACAAGGACCUGGGCUUCUCCGACAAGGACCGCACUGAGAACAUACGGAGGAUCGGCGAGGUCGCCAAGCUCUUCGCCGACUCCUCCACUAUCGCCCUGACCUCCUUCAUCUCGCCCUUCAAGGCGGACCGACAGCUGGCGCGCGACCUGCACAACGCCACCACGGCCACCGACAAGGACCCGAUCCCGUUCGUCGAGGUCUACGUCGACGUGCCCGUGGCCGUGGCCGAGCAACGCGACCCCAAGGGCCUGUACAAGAAGGCGCGCGCGGGCGAGAUCAAGGAGUUCACCGGCAUCAGCUCGCCGUACGAGGCCCCCGAUUCCCCUGAAAUCGUCAUCAGGACCCACGAGCGCAGCGUCGAGGAGUGCGUUGCUGAUAUUGUUGCUUGGCUCGAGGCCAAGGACCUCAUUCCUACCAAGACUACCUAG